ACGUAGGUCAAAAUAGUAGUACGAAGUAAACUUUUUGUUGAUUGAAUGUAAACUCCAGGAAAAUACCGUGGAAUUACGUUUACCCCAAAGACCUGUAAAAUAUGACAUAAUAUUCUGAGAUAUCUAAUGUUGCAAAGCAAACUAAUGUCUGGGGAAAUAGGAUUCAGUUGUGAUCAAAGAUGUGAGACCCUCAAGUGUAAAUUAUGUAGUUUUGAAACAGAUUUCAAGCUUACUCUGCAUUAUCAUAUCAGAAAAGUCCACAGUUCAAAUAAAAAUGAUGGAGUUUGUAGAAAAAUUGCAAAAUACAAAUGCCGCAAGUGCCAUUUUGCCGCCUAUUCAGUAUUACUGUGGUUCAAACAUAAUGUUAGAAAAAACUUGAAUAUUCAUGAAUUUACUAAAGUUUACAAAUUUGAAUGCACAUAUUGUCCAUUCAAAGCUGCUCAGAAGGUAACAUUACAAUUCCAUAUCCUUAACAGACACACUCCAUCUGAAGAAAUUAAAUGGUUUCAAUGUGAACAUUGCGAUUACAAAACUAAACUAAAAUCAUCAUUAAUUAAACACAUCAAUUUAAAACACACACUUAUUGAUGAAUCACAGUGGUUCAGUUGUGAUUUGUGCAAUUACAAAACACAACAAAAACGGUAUUUAAGAACUCACAAAAUUUACAAUCAUUCACAAGAUAUUGUCAUGUAUGAAUGUACCCAAUGUACAUACAAAACAAAAAAUCGACGCCACCUGAAAUGUCAUGAAUUAAGACAACAUACGACUCUUAAUGACGUCCAGUGGUACAAUUGUGAGCUCUGCACCUACCAGGGGAAACUCAAAUCAGAUGUAUCGAGGCACAUGCGAUUACGACACGAAGAAAAGACUUUGAAAAAGAGAAAUGAGUUCUCUUGCACCUUUUGUCCCUAUAAAACCUUGUUUAAACAUUCCCUUAAGAGACACGUCCAGAGGCUCCACACUGCACCUGAAGAAAUCCAAUGGUUUGAAUGUGAUCAAUGCGACUACAAGGGCAAAUGCAAAAGAUAUUUUAACCUUCACAAAAAAAUUCAACACUCUGAUGGUAGUGUUAAUAGGAUCUCAUGCGAUAUUUGUUCCUUUAGGACAACAACCCAAGAGGCGUUGAAGAAACAUAUCGCAAAAAGACACCCUUCAGGAAAGUUGUUGCACGAAUGUCCACACUGUUUUUUCACCACGGGACUUAAAACUUUCCUUAAUCGUCAUCUUGUGACACAACAUGCUGAUGCUGAACAAAUCAAGUGGUUUAAAUGCGAUAAAUGUGAUUACAAGGGAAAACUUAAAACUUAUUUGAUGAGACAUAUUAAGUUAAUUCAUAGAAGCAAGGGCACUAGUAAGAUGUUUACUUGUGAUUUGUGCGAGUUUAGGAGCAAGAGUAAGGAGAAUCUAAAGAGGCAUAAGAUUAGUAGGCAUAUCACAAUUCAAAAAAAUAUGUAGUAUAUUAAUCCUUAGUUCUUAAAAUUUUCUAGAAAACAAGUGCUAUUUUUGGUUCUGUCACUUCAUUUUAAGUUGUUGUAAAAGUACACUAGAAAUAUUUAUUAUAAGAAGUAUAAUAAUAAAAAACUAGAACCCAAAUUUCUAUUUUGACGCUGCCAACCUUGCAAUAAUUAUUCUACAUUUUAUGAUGCUAGGGAAAAAGUUCGUAUGACAAUUUUUAUCUACUCUUUAGUGUAAAUUUUUAGCUUGGGUUAAAAAAGAAAGAAAACUAUUUCAAAUUAACAAGGUAGAACAAUUGAUAAUAAAGAAUUGUGUAACUUUUUGUACCAACUUCUAGUUCCAAUAUUUACAAAACCAUUUUAAUAUUUGUUUCCGCAAUUUUUUGUUUUAGGUACAAUUGGAGGACAAAUUACUUCGGUCCUCAAUGUUGGAGCCCUUGAGUGGCAUAAAGUAAGAUUUCGUUUCGUUAACAAUGACUAUGACACUUGACGGCAAGAUCCCCAACUAAGACAUUUCUUUUGAUAGUUUUGUAACCUUUUUGGGAACAACUUUUUUCACACUACAGGUUGAUUCACGAGGAAUAAUGAGCCUAACCAAAUUCUUGAUGCAACCAUCAUUACACUUUUGCAAGUUGCUUUUCGACACUUAAAAAAAAACCUAUAAUUUGAAUCCACGAUGCCCAUUUUUGACAAACGUUACAAUUUUAUUAUAAACUGAGCAAAAUGUGGACUUAUUCCAAUGAUGAGAAGACUGACAUGAUUUCAGCUUAUGUAGAAUGUUUGAAAAAUGCAUCUCCUGCUUCCUGUGUAAUGUCCAAUGAAAUCUCGAGAGAAAGAGCAUCUUCUGACACGAUCAGAUUGCUAAGAUGCCAGGCAGACGAUGUGCAGUAUUUGGGUGCAAAAACAACCAGAUGAAAUUGAAAGCAAUGGGAAUAGAUAUUAAAUUCCACACCUUCCCAAGUGGUACAGAUGCUGUCUCGUCAGCAACAAGAAAUGAAUGGAUACAAAGAUGUAGACGAGUUAAAAUUAAUCCUCUCACUAGCGCAAUUUGUUCCAGCCACUUUACAAACAAGGAUUACGAACGUGACCUAAAGAAUGAGUUGUUAGGUAAACCAUUAAACAACCUACAAUUUGUUAUUAGGUUUGCCUUUGAAAAAAAAGUUAAAAAAGAAAGCCGUUCCAUCGUUACAUAUGCCAACGUCAGGAGAAGAACAAAAGCUCGUUGAAUCUGAUCGAACUAAGCGAUUAACACGAAGAAAGCAAAAGGGUCUAAGUGAGAAAUUAAUUGACAAACCGGCCACAAGUCCACCGCAAUGUGGAGAACAAAGUUACGUUCAGGGCAAAAGUAGAUUCUGUGCGGAUAGAUAUACCGAACUCCAAGAAAAAUACGAAAAACUGAAACAAGAAUUUUUCCAUUUUAAACUAGAAAGCCAAAGAACAAUAAAAUUAUUGAAGGGACAAGUACGAUAUUAUAAAACCCGACAUGACAAAUUGAAGAAGAAGGAGAAAGAUAAUGGGUUAAAAUGGUUAAAACUGGUAUUAACGGAUUAGCUAAUGUCACAAAAAAGAAAGAAGUUGGAAGGGAAAGAAUUUUAAUUUUUUUACUAUUGCUAUUCUCAAUACUUAUUAAAUAUCACGUAAUAAAGUUACAUUACAUUUUUUGUUGUAUUGAAUCACUUAUAAAUUGGUGUAUGAUUACAUGAAAAAUUAUACAGGUGUUUCAGAACAAGUGCUCCAGAGAAAAUGCCAAGUAAAACAUCAGAAGCAAAAAUGUAUCUAUUAAAAGUGAGAAAUUAUGGGGGUUUAAGGCUAUUAGAAGAGAAGCUGUAUACUGGAUUGUAACGAGGUUUAAUGUUAUUUGUGGCUUUUAUUUGCAAAGUUAUUGAACCUUUACUGAAUAAUUAUGAAAAAACAUAUACAGGGUCGCUAAAUAGUAUGGAUACAGAUAAAAAUUUUCAUAACUGUUUAACAGAACUCGUCGAAAUUUGGGAAACAGUUAGAAGUGUUCAAAUUCUAUCAUCUGAGACCUUUUUUAAUUUUCUACCAUCAUUUAUUUUCAAAAUACGAGGCUAACUUGAUUUUUUUUAAUGGCACGUAGGGUCUAAUUUAAUUAUUUUUGAAACAGCAUUUUUUUCGUAUUUUGAUGUAACAUAUGCCCACCUUUAUUGUUAUUAAAAGGUAGAAAAAUAAAAAUUCAAAAAUGUAAUUCUAAAACAGUAAAACAUAAUUAGCUUUGAAAAUGCUAUUAUUAGCGAUUUGUCACUUGCAUAUUAGUCAAAAAUUAAACUUGUGUGCAAUAAUUAGUUUAACAAUGGUACAUUUAAGUGAAAUUGAGCUUAUAGAAAUUCUCAAGUCACUAGAACAUCGUUUGUAGCAUAAAGAUUAUGUAAUUAAGCUUUUUUAAUUAAAAUGUGUUCUUUUUCAGUUAAAAUAAAUGUUAUUUUAAUAAUUAUUAUUAACUUUUACUUAUUUUUUGGUCAAAGUUCAGGCGGCAAAGAGCUAACGAUAGAUAAAGACAACAUUUCCAAGGCUAACAAAAUUUUACAUGUUUAAAAAUUUUAUUAGUUCGAUAUUUUUUUUUAACUUUUGAUUAAAAUAAAAAUGCUCUCUUUAAAAAUAUUAAAUUUGACCCUUCUUGCCAUUAAAAAAAAAUCAAGUUAGCUUUGCAGAGCAGAGCAGAGCAAAUAGAGAUAGAAAUUUGAUAAACAUCUGAGACGAUGGAAUUUAAAUACUUUUAAGCAUACUCGUAUACCAAAUUUCAAUAAGUUUUGAUGAAUAGUUUUCAUAAUAUUUAACUGUAUCCAUAAUUUUUAGGGACAUUGUAUACAAAAUUAUCGGUAACAUUAAAUAAACUUAAAAAAGGUUUAAAUGUCAAAAAAAUUGUCUUAUUAAAGUAUAUUUCUCUUAAUAUAUUCCUGAAGUUGAGGUUUUUACUAGAGACAAUCAAUCUUAGUUUUAAGACUCUUAAAAGAGUCUAGAAAAUUUCAAGAAUUUACAGAAACUAAAGUUCAAGAGCUCAAAUUUAGUUUUGUCUAAAUUUACUUAGUUUGCCUCAUAGCACUGUCAAUGUGGAAAGGAUUUAUUCUAAUAUCAGUCUAAAUAAAACUAAAACCUGUAAUAGUUUUUUAACUGAUGUUCUUGCUGGAUUUUUACAUACCAAAGAACUGAUUGGUAAAAAUAAUUGGUGAUAUGAAAAGAUGUAAACAAAGUAAAGUUUUUAGUUAGGUUUUUUUUCUUAAAUUUUCGUUUAUUAUUUUUAAUGUUUUUAUACACUUACAUCUAAAAUACGUUUGUUUUGUUUGUAACCGUGAAUAAAUUUUUAUUACAUU